AUGGUCCAGCUCACCCUCGGCGACGAGAAGCCUGUUGAGGUUACAUCUACCAGUUCUGGCUCUUACACCAUGAACCAGACCGCCAACCGCGGAGACGGUUAUUCUCCUAGUACUGAGCGCUACUCUCCCCCCUUCGUUCGCAAUGGUGCUCGUAGCCAGAGCGAUGACCCCUUCCAGCCCACUCCUCGUCCUCGCUCUCUUCAAGUUCCUGGUACCCCAAAGUCGGCUCGUAUCAUGAGCAAGAAAAGCUGGCGCUCGGGCUCUGGCAGCGAUGAGGAUGCGUCUGCCUCCAGCUCCCCAUUGAACCAUCACUCUCAACCCACUGCUCGUAGACUCUCGUUCCAUGUCCAAGAGUACGCUGGGGAGGGAGCUGAUAGCCAGCUGACUGCCUAUGUUGACGUCGAUCCUGAGGAUGCGCAAGCUGUCUACCCACCUGCAUACUGUCUCUUCGUCGCCAACCUUCUCCAGUCCGAGAGUGAUGAAUCUCUUGCAGCAUCCGUCACUGCAGCCUUCCGUGAUUACGGUAAGGUUUUUGUGAAGAUUCGACGUGAUGGAAAGCAGAUGCCCUUCGGAUUUUGCCAAUUUACCAAGAUGGCCCAUGCCCAGACUGCCCUUAGAGAGGCUCCAGGACGCUUAAUCAAUGGCCGUGCAUGCCGCGUUGAGAAGGCCAAGGCCCACCGUGAGCCCGACAGCAGUCCUCCGGAUCCCCAACCCGAUGCUGAUACCAAGGCAGGCUCUUUCUUUAUUGAGCGUAAGUUUGGACCUGUUAUCACUCCAGCAGAAGCCCGAGAGCUUCUUGAGCCCUUUGGCAAGCUUACGCUUUGCUACACGGUGACCGAAGUUGAACGCUCAUCCCUUAACCUCAACGAGGGUGUCAUGGUUAAUUUUGAGCUGUAUGACCUGGGAAAGGAGGCCCUACUUUAUUUCCGCAACCAUCAUCUGUACAAGAUGCAAAACAUCGCAGGCUAUGGCUCGCCACCUCGAACCAUCUACCAAGACCGCAGCCCUUCUUCUGUCAAUGCUAGAGCAUACCUUGCCCGCUAUGAUGUUGACAGACGUUCAAUUUUUGUUGGGAAUCUUCCUGCUGGUGUCACUGAGGAUGAGAUCAAGCAGGUCUUCAAUCAGUAUGGCCCUAUUCGGGACAUCAUGUUGAGAGAGAGCCCCUCGCGCUUCGCAUCUCAAGAGAAGAUCCAUUUUGGAUUUAUUCAAUUCAAAUCUACGGUCGAAGCUGACAAGGUUAUCGACGAUGUGAACGGCUUUGUCCUUCGUGGCAAGAGACUCCGCGUUGCACACAAGGAUUCCCAAAACAGAGCCCGAGUGAACAACGCCUACGGGUCAACUGUUCCUACCGGUCACUGCCAGUCUCCAGCUCCAUACAAGCAUUCGGCGCCUUACCAAUCACCUGCGCCUCGCCUCAACGAGCAGCAAGUCUCUCCCAUGUCGCAGAUAUCGCCACCGGGUUAUGGUUCUCCAUUCAGCUACCCAUAUAGCCCGUACUAUAAUUACAGUUACGGUCCCCCUCCCCCUCCCUUCAUUGCAGAUGGGCAAAACUUCUAUCCUCCGACACCAUACCAACCUUACUACGGGUAUCCCGGUAGUCCAAGCUACGACCCUCGCAGCUCAAGUGCUCCUGAAGUCACUGGCGGUGCGAGCCCUCACUAUUCGUACUCGCCAUAUAACUACGCUCCUGCGCCAUUCUGGGGUUUUCCAAACACAAGCGUGGAGCAGCAAGCCUCUUCACCAACUGCUGACUAUUCCAGUUCAUACACUGCGGCUUUGGUGAGCAAUGAUGAAUCGGAGGAUCGCUCAACCACUCCAACCCCUUCUGGCCAUGUUUCUAUCGCCGAGGAAUUGCUUGAGACUCAGUCUGUGUAAAUGCAAGACAGCUUCAACACCUGCUCAUGGACAUCGCGCAUUUACUUGCUCCUUUUCCAAAGGCACGUUCAUUGCAUCAGCAUCUCUGUUCGCCGAC